AUGCACCCCCACUUCAACAUUAAAACUCUUAGAUACACCCGCUGGACUUCUGACACUGACUGCAAGGUUAUCCCUGGAGAACCACUUACCUCUCAACAUAGACUCCUAUUAACGGCCCUGAAACUGAAAACACCCAUUAAGACAAAAAUACCCAAAGUAGAAAAGAUCAAAUGGCAUGCACUAAAGGGUGAAAAGGGUAAUGCCGUUAGAAAUCAAGUGACGGACAACCUGUGCAAAAAUCCUCCAACGAAUGAGAGCCCCUCGGUAAUAUGGAACCACUUUGAAUCCUUUUGCUUAGCUAUAGUUAAGCGUGAAUUAGGAAUAAGCAAGAGAGCUCUGCAUAAUGCAAAAGAUACCAAAUGGUGGAACACCUACACUAAAGAGAGGGUUGCUGAUAAGAAAAGAUUGUUUAAAAUCUGGCAGAAAACUGUCUCCGAUGAAGACAAAGAAAAUUACAAGCGAGCCAAAAAAAGUUGCAAGAAGAACAGUGGCAAUUGA